AUGACGUCGAUAACCUCGCAGUCGCACCCCUUGCUGCAGGCUUCCUCGGCUGCGUACGCUAUUUUGGCGAUUGGACAUACGUUGAAAGGUCUGGACCAGUUCAAACACCCGACGAUGAACACACUGCCACUCAUGCUGCGCGGCGCGAGUAAGAUCGGUUGGUACGAGGGCAGCGGGUUCUUUGUUAUCAUGAGCAUUCUCAACUACAAGUGGUCGGUCACGGGUAUCUACGACGUGUACGACAAGAGCAUCGCGGGUGUCCUGACGACCCUGUUGGCAGCAGCGGGUGCGGCUUACUGGAAGAGCAAUGAUAGACCUACGGCUAUCACGCUGGGUGUUGUUGCUAUCCUGCAGGGACUUGGUGUGAGAAAUGCAUCGUACUCACGCUUGACGUAG